AUGGCAUCACACUCCACCCCUGGGCGUACCAACCUUUACUCAACGUUCUACAAAUGGACGAAUCCAGCUUCCGCGAGCGGCUGUCUAUCGAAUAUGCAUCUAAGAGGUGGCAGGGGUAGCAUCUCAGGAGAUGCGCUAGUGACAAGCGUGGAUACCACCCCUGGUACAUUUCGCUGUCACCGUGGAAGGCUGGAGCAGUUUCUUCGGGAAAAUCAAGACAUCAGAUGGGAGCAUACCAUCAAAGACAUCGAGACAACCCCACAAAAAGUUAUCGUACGGAUACAGAACGAGCAGGCCAUCGAAAGCGACGUCCUGAUCGGCACCGAUGGCGUCCAUUCUCAAGUCCGCAAAUCUUUGGCUCCGGGUAUACAGCUCAAAGUCUUACCUUUUGUUGUAUUUAAUGGCAAGAGAAAGAUGUCGCUUGACAGCUUCCAGAAUACAAUGGCACCGCAGAUGCAAGGCUUGAGCAUUAUCCAGUGUCGCAAGAAGAGUGGUGUUUCAGAUCGCCGCGAAUCAAUACACUGCAACGAGCUAAAGGACCUGGGGCAAGCCUACAAAGAGAUGUUCGAUGUUACCAAGGUCAGGCAGGAUAGGAUACUACAUUUUUUGAUGCGCAGUACAUUGGGCACGGAGCAAGAGAUCAAGGACCUUACAGAUCAGGGUGUACUGUUGGUGGGUGAUGCCGUCCACGCUAUGCCAUUGCUUGGUGGAGAGGGUGGCAAUAAUGCUAUAAAGGAUGGCGUUGAUCUGGCCGAGCAUAUAGCUGCUCACGGACCACAAGGUAUUAAGACGUUCUCCAGUGCCAGGUACGACAGUUGGAGGAAAGGGGUCGAAGAAAGCGAACGGAGACUGGCGGAGAUGCACACGCCCGUAAAAGCAUCAUUCGCACAGAAGACCGUAUUGACUCCCAUGCCCCUCUGCAAACAAUUGGGCCGUCCGUGCAGCCUGAGUGGCUAUCAGCAAGAGCCACAUGCCGAAGGCGAACGACACAAGCGCUUCUUGGUGGGCCGUUUCCCGACGAUUGAGACAUGGAUCGUUGCGUUGGCAGAGCUCCAUGAAGCCUUGAAAGCUGAUGAACAGGAACAGAAACAGGAAUAUCUCGAGAUAGACUGA